AUGGACACCGAGAGCCAGGACCUGGCGAGAAUAACGCCUCUGCAGCAAAUGGUUGCCUCAUGUUCGGGCGCCCUCUUGACGUCUCUCUUCGUUACCCCGCUGGAUGUGGUCAAGAUUCGCCUUCAAGCUCAACAGAAGGACUUUAUGAAGAACAAGUGUUUUGUUUAUUGUAAUGGCCUGAUGGACCAUGUUUGUUAUUGCUAUAAUGGACAUGCCAAGGAUCUGUGGUACAGGCGCCCAGCGUACUUUGAAGGCACCCUUGAUGCUUUUGUAAAGAUCACAAAGACCGAAGGCAUUACAUCUCUAUGGAGUGGCCUGCCUCCUACGCUUGUUAUGGCCUUACCAGCCACAGUUCUGUAUUUUACCGUCUACGACCAACUUCGCAAUAGUCUCAAGAAGAAGUUUAAAAAUGACGACGAAAGUCUACAGUUCUGGAUUCCCGUAGUUGCAGGCGGCACUGCACGAACAUUUGCCGCCACACUGAUCAGCCCACUGGAGAUGAUUCGCACGAAGAUGCAAUCCAGAAGGUUCAGCUACUCUGAAAUUGGACAGGCUGUGAAGAAGAUGGUAAAGAAUGAGGGCUUUUUCUCCUUGUGGAAGGGCCUCAAUGCCACCCUUCUGCGAGAUGUUCCCUUCUCCUGUCUGUACUGGGCCAACUACGAGAACUUCAAACGAAUCUUCGAGCAGCCUAACCCCACCUUUGGUUUCAGCUUCUUCGCCGGCGCCUGCUCUGGCACAGUGGCGGCAGUAGUCACCUUGCCCUUUGACGUGGUGAAGACGCACCGCCAAAUUGAGCUGGGCGAAAUUGAGGUGAUGAAGGACAAUAAGCCGCCGCCGAAGAAGAUAACCGAUGUGAUGAUGAACAUCUACAAACAGCGCGGCGCCAGUGGCCUCUUCACCGGCAUUGUGCCGCGAGUCGUCAAAGUCGCCCCCGCCUGUGCCAUUAUGAUCAGCACCUAUGAGGCCGGCAAGGCCUUCUUUCGCGGCUACAACGAAGCAGCUGCCUUUCCCGUAGUUGCCGCCGCUCACUCUGAUCGACUGUAG